UGAGCAAGCGUCCAGAUACUGCAAGAAAUAAACUGGCAAGGAUUCACAUCACUGGGAUAUUCGAAAUGAUGAAUACAUUCAGAGUGAAUGUGACCCUGGAUCCUGAAAGUGCCUCUCCCUAUUUCAUCGUGUCUAAUGAUCUGAAGACAGUCAGAAAUGGAGGAUGCCUGCAGAAUGUACCUAUGACCCCAGACCGAUUUGAAGAUGAAAUCAUUUUGGGGGCUCAAGUUUUUACCUCUGGUGUUCACUACUGGGAAGUGGAUGUGGGAAACAGUAUGCAAUGGAAAGUUGGUGUGUGUAAGGAGUCAGUGAGCAGGAGUUCUAGUGUCCCAUUCUUUCCUGGAGAUGUAUUUCUGGUUACCUAUAUACAAAAUGAGGAUACUUGCACUGUGAUCAGCAAUUGCUCCCAUAUGCCACCAGUGGCAGUGAACCCUAUUCGCAGAGUUGGGAUUUUUCUAGAGUAUGAUCAAGGCAAGAUUUCAUUUUAUGAUGUCCUGGAGAAAUCCUUUUUAUUGAGUUUCCCAUAUUUCCCCUUUUCUGAGCCCCUAAGACCAAUUUUUUCUCCUUGUCCACCAAAUGAGGGGGAAAAUUCGGUUCCAAUGUCCAUUGUUCAUGCGCACAUAUUUGAUGGUUCUUCUAUUAUAAAUACUUUCUAAAAUUUACAGAGCAAUCAUGUUCAUAUUUUGUGGUGUAAAAGCAUAUUUUCCUUAGUGAUUAGAAGUCAUCCAAUAUCCAUGUUUUGAAGUCAAAUUUAAUUGGA